AUGGCAUCUACUCGCCUCCCAGAGAUUCGAAAUGACCCUUCAAAGGUCCAGCUUGAACGGAUUUCUCACGUCUUGUUCGAGCAUCCAGACCUUGACAAAUUCGAUGGGUUCGCUCAAGACUUUGGUUUCACACGGGUCCAAAGCCAUGACGAAAGCCUAGCCAUCUAUCGUGGCUAUGGCAAAGAUCAGUAUUGUUACGUAGCACGCAAGUCGGCGACUGGGCAGCCGCAUUUCGGAGGCGGGGUCUUCCUUGCGCAGACCCAAAGUGAUUUUGACAAGGCGGCGUCUAUGGACGGUGCAGAGAUUACAGACCUGUCUCAGUUCCCUGGUGGCGGCCGGAUGGUUACUCUCCACUCGCCCUCUGGGUUCCCCAUUAACAUUGCGUACGGUAUUCAAGAUCGAGUUCAAUCCGAGUCUGAGUCUGUACCGUCCACUCAGGUGGAAAAUAUAGGGCCCUUCAAUGGCAGUGUCACGAAGAGAAGACUGGGAAAGUUCCAACGUUUCCAUCCAGGCCCAGCCCUCGUGCACAAACUCGGUCACUAUGGCUUCGUGCUCGCGCGGUGGGACGAAGAAGUCGCCUGGUAUACGGGAAACUUCAACUUCGUCCCUUCUGACGUGCAGUUUGAGCCGAAUAGGGAGGAUUUCGACGUCAUCACAUUCCUCCAUCUCGACCUUGGAAAGCGUUUCUCAGACCACCACACACUGUUCCUGUCCCGCGCGCCGCCUGGCGAGCACGACCGGAUGCAUCAUACGUCCUACGAGGUCGAGGAUUUUGACACACAGCUUCUCGGACACGAGUGGCUGGCUAGCAAGGGCUACACAAGUGUAUGGGGAGUUGGCAGGCACAUACUGGGGUCGCAGAUUUUCGACUACUGGAGGGACACGAGUGGGUUCAAUAUCGAGCACUAUGCGGAUGGAGAUCUUGUGAAUGAGGACACUGGCACCAAGAGGAGCAUGGCAGGACCAUUGUCAGUUUGGGGGCCGGAAAUGACGGGAAUCAUGUUUGAAGAUGGCACGAAGCCAACUGCUGCUUGA